AUGUCAAACGACCGUGUCUCUGGCACUGCCAAGAUCGGGACCCGAACCUCCAGAGUAGUCCGAGUGCUGAGGCUAAUUCGAAUCAUCAAGCUCUACAAGGCCAUCUAUGAAGCAAGACAGCUUCAAAAGAAGAAAGAGGCCGAAGCAGCUUUUGCCGAACGCUUGCAGGAGAUGGCGAAGCAAUCGGCCAUGGAGACACAAAUUUACCCCGGUAAUGAAGACGACGAGGACUCCUAUGACGACAUGGAGGUGGGGAAAAAGUUGUCUGAGAAGACGACUCGCCGGGUCAUUCUGUUGGUUUUGGUGAUGAUGUUGGUGCUCCCAUACCUGAAGGUUGAAGAUGCGCAGCAAUUCCCAACCUCAGCUGGGUAUGGUGCAGACGUCAUCAACGAGGCCUGGAUCUACAUCUUUGGGCACAUGCCAUCGAAGGCGGCUAUAUAG